UUGGCGCCACGAGUGUUGUGCGAAACAAAACGCAGGAGCAGAGCGGUUCUCUAAAUCCAGCUGAACUCACAUCACAUCAUACCACCUCAUACCACCGUGUAUUUCUGUUUCUAAACCCAACAUUUCCUUUAAGAAGUCAUGAGUGUUAAACUGUCGGAGGGCGCAAUAGAGGCUCUGACCAAAGGUACUGAAGUAACAAACCCAGUUCUUCAGCUGAUUAACAUCCGGAAGCUUGAUUCAGGGAAUGGACCGGUCCGCUUUCGUCUCAUGAUGAGUGAUGGACUGCACACAAUGUCCUCCUUCAUGCUUGCCACAUCACUGAACUCUCUGGCUGAACAAAACCUCGUUGCUCCCAACUGUGUAUGUUUGCUGAAGAAAAGCGUCACCAAUGUGCUUAAAGAUGGACGGACUGUGGUCAUCAUACUGGACAUGGAGGUGGUAAAGCCGGCAGAUCAGAUGCCAGGAAAAAUCGGAGACCCAACUGCUUAUGUAGAGGGUCAGUCAAAAGCUCCACAGUCUGCAGCAAGUGCACCUACUUCACGUCCACUCCAACCCCAGAAUGGAGGCACUGGCUCCAUGAACAAAGGCCCUGCUCGGGAUUUUGGAAAGAAGCCCAUGACCGCACCCGGCACACCAGGCGGCACCUCAAAAGUAGUGCCCAUCGCCAGCCUUAAUCCCUACCAGUCGAAAUGGACCAUUCGAGCAAGAAUCACCAACAAGAGUGCCAUUCGUACCUGGAGCAACUCUCGAGGGGACGGAAAGCUCUUCUCCAUGGAGCUUGUUGAUGAAAGCGGUGAAAUCAGAGUGACAGGCUUUAAUCAGGAGGUCGACAGAUUCUUCUCCAUCAUCGAACAAGGGAAGGUGUACUACUUCUCUAAAGGAACCCUGAAGAUCGCCAACAAACAGUUCUGCUCUCUGAAGAACGACUACGAGAUGACCCUAAAUGGCGAGUCAACAAUCAUACCCUGCGAUGACAGCCAGGACGUCCCCAUGGUGCAGUGCGACUUCGUGUCCAUCGGCGAUCUGGAGGCCCGGGAUAAGGACGCCAUAGUGGAUGUGAUUGGAGUGUGCAAGAACGUGGAGGAUGUGACGCGUAUCACAACCAAGAACAGUCGCGAGGUAUCCAAGAGGAACAUCCAGCUGAUGGAUAUGUCUGGCAGAGUUAUCCAAGUCACCAUGUGGGGAAAAGAGGCUGAGGCAUUCGAUGGCACUGACAGUCCCAUCUUGGCCAUAAAGGGUGCCAGGCUCUCUGAUUUUGGAGGGCGCUCUUUAUCCACGCUCUACAGCAGCACACUGAUGAUUAACCCAGACAUUCCUGAGGCGUACAAGCUGAGAGGCUGGUAUGAUAAGGAGGGUCAUGCUCUAGAUGGACAGUCCAUGACUGAAAUGAGGGGAGGUGGAGGAGGUGGCCCCACCAACUGGAAGACCCUAGCAGAUGUCAAGAAUGAGCACUUGGGUCAUGGAGAUAAGGCUGAUUACUUCACCUGUAUUGCCACCAUUGUGUAUAUGCGCAAGGAGAACUGUCUGUAUCAAGCCUGUCCUAGCAAAGACUGCAAUAAGAAGGUGGUGGACCAGCAGAACGGCAUGUACCGCUGCGAGAAGUGCGACAAAGAGUUUCCUGACUUCAAAUAUCGUCUCAUGCUCUCUGCAAAUAUUGCAGAUUUCGGAGAUAAUCAGUGGGUGACGUGUUUUCAAGAAAGUGCCGAGACUCUUCUGGGCCAGAAAGCGGAAUACGUCGGCCAGCUCAAGGACUCUAACGAAGCCACCUACGACGAGGUCUUCCAGCAGGCCAACUUCCACACUUUUGUCUUCCGCAAUCGAGUGAAGCUGGAGACCUACAAUGAUGAAUCUCGGAUUAAAGUGACUGUGGUGGAGGCCAAACCUGUGGAUCACAAAGAGUACAGCAAGAGGCUGAUCAUGAACAUCAGGAAGGUGGCAGCGCAGUAGAACCAGUGCUGUUCAUUUCAGCACUAACUAUUCUGCUCUCGGAGCAGGACUUCAGCCUAUAAUCUGCGGCUUAUGUGCUUGCCAUUCUCAGCUGUUUUUGUUUUGUUUGUUUGUUUUUCUUUGUCUCAAAGUCUGCUAAUUCUAAUGUACCAUGCUAAUUACCUUUUGUUUUUCUUUUUGUGUUGUAGUGCUCAGUGCAGACCGAGUCGUGUAAUUUGCCCUACAUGUUAAUUGAUACUGAGUAGAUGUAACAAUGCAAGUUUUAUCAAGACCACCUCUCCAUAUAGAGAUAAAUAAGUGAUUUUUUUUUAUAUAUGGUAAUGGAAGUGGUGUAAAGGGUCAAUGUAUUUGUGUGCACUUGUAUUUCAGUUGUAUAAAAAAUUAGCCACCUCGUUGCUCGCCCACACAUACAGCCACACACCUUUCAAAAUAAAGUCAAAUAGACUUCCCAGACAGAAGCACUAUGUAGAUUUUUAUUUUUUUUCUGUAAAACUGUGUUUUGACAAACAGAAUAAAAGGUUUUGAAAACCC